AUGGCGACUUUCCUCAAGACCCGCAUCACAGAAAGCAAGCGCUGGGGCUCAACAGUCCCUGCAGCCUUGACAAUCGGAUCUGCUACGUUUGUCCUUGUCGAAGCAAUCAACUGCUAUUUGGCCAACGUCUACUGGACCACGUCCCACGAUCCCAGAAAACUCAUGUUCACCCUCCUUGGCCGUGAUUUCGACGUAUACGUCGGCAUUAUUUGGUGGUCUUACGGCGCGGUUCUCAGCUGCGGCAUCUUCGGCGCGUUGCAGCGUAACAUCCGAACCGGAACGUUAUGGGCUCUUCUCGGCUUUGCGGGGCUGCUGGACAUCAUCCUCGAAGAAUGCAUGCUCAUGUACGGUGGCAUCUACACCUACUACGACCACCAGCCGCUGGUCUUCAACGUUUUCCCUUGCUGGUGGGCCUUUUGCAACGUCUCUCCAUCACUUACAGGUACCGCCACCUGCUUGAAGGGUGGAGAUGUUGCUUGA